AAAUUCAUCAACUCAAUCUCACCCAAGCAAUUGCGAAAUCUUACCAAACACUCAUCCUUCAUUCCACUCACAGAAACCUCAAACCCAUUCCUACCAAAGAAAUGGCUCCUGUCAUGGCCGUCGAUGCUGCUACUAAUGGCAUCGUGAAGCCGAAGCCCGGGGACCAUCCUAGUUGGGCCUACGUGACGUUUUUGGCCGGAAACGGCGAUUACGUGAAGGGCGUGGUUGGGCUGGCCAAGGGGUUGAGGAAGGCGAAGAGCAAGUACCCGCUUGUGGUCGCCAUCUUGCCUGACGUGCCGGCUGAUCACCGGAAGAUCCUGGUGGAUCAAGGUUGCAUCGUGAGGGAGAUCGAGCCCGUCUAUCCGCCGGAGAACCAAACGCAGUUCGCCAUGGCCUAUUACGUCAUCAACUACUCCAAGCUCCGAAUUUGGGAGUUUGUCGAGUAUAGCAAGAUGAUCUAUUUGGAUGGAGACAUCCAAGUCUUUGACAACAUCGACCACCUCUUCGACCUCCAGAACGGCUCCUUCUACGCCGUCAUGGAUUGCUUUUGCGAGAAGACAUGGAGUCACACCCCUCAAUACGAAAUCGGGUAUUGCCAACAGUGCCCCGACAAGGUCCAAUGGCCCGACCACGUUGGCCCAAAGCCGUCUCUCUACUUCAACGCCGGCAUGUUCGUGUACGAGCCAAACCUCGACACUUACCACGAUUUGCUCGAAACCCUCAAGAUCACACCUACAACUGCAUUUGCGGAACAAGAUUUCUUGAACAUGUACUUCAAGGACAUUUACAAACCAAUUCCUAAUGCGUACAACCUUGUACUCGCGAUGUUGUGGCGUCACCCUGAGAACGUUGAGUUGGACAAGGUGAAGGUCGUUCAUUAUUGUGCCGCCGGGUCGAAGCCAUGGCGGUACACGGGCGAGGAACAGAACAUGGAUCGGGACGAUAUCAAGAUGCUGGUGAAGAAGUGGCGGGAUAUUUACGAUGAUGAGUCCUUAGACUACAAGAAUAUCAUUGCAAGAGAUGAAGCGGCGAAGAAAACAAAAUGGGAUCGAUUCCUUGCGGCGUUGGUGGAGGCCGGAGCUUUCCGCUUCAUAACUGCCCCGACUGCAGCCUAGUUGUGUGUAAUUAGGGAUUUUUUUUUUUUUUCAAGUGCAGAGCAAUUAUAGAGUCUGCUACAGUUGGAAUUGGUAGCAUGAAAGGGAUGGGUUUUAUUUUCCCUUUCAUUUCCAUGAUUUAGGGGUUGAAAAGAAAGAUUUCUCCUAAUUAUGUACUUUUUUCUUUCAUUGAGUGAUAUGUACAAAUAUAUGUCAAAUGAUAUCAAAUUAAUAUAUGUUAUUUUUUUGUUGUA